AUGAAAUGGCUUCUAUGGUAUUUGACACACUCGGUUAGUGAAGGAUUGUCUUAUAAAGGAAAUUCAAGUGAAAUUGAACUAAUUGGGUAUGUGGAUUCUGACUAUGCUGGUGAUAGGGACAGAAGGAGAUCUACUUCUUCUUAUGUGUUCACUUUGGGUGGAAAUUGUAUAAGUUGGAAGUUUCAGUUGCAACCUGUGGUGGCUUUAACGACAACUGAAUCUGAGUAUAUGGUAGCAACAGAGGCUACAAAAGAAGCUAUUUGGCUUAAGGGUCUGUUAACAGAAUUUAAAGCACUUAAUCAAGAAGCUAUUUUAUAUUCAGACAGUCAAAGUGCAAUCCACUUGUGCAAAAAUCCAGUGUUUCAUGAAAGAUCUAAGCAUAUUCAGGUGCUAACUGUUAGCAAGUUUAAUACUUGCAAGAAUCUACUCCAAGUUGGAGCAGAAACUGGUGCAAAAUCUGGUGCAGAAUCUGUUUUAAGUGUUUUGAAGCUUUAG